AUGUUUGUCGAUGGCUACGACCAGGCCUUUGAGGGGAAACAGACUUGGACUCAGGCAUGGAUUCAGUUUGUCCCCGUGAACAUAUCGCCCACCUGCUGUGGGUCCAGCUGCUGCUGCCAGCCUUGCUGCCGCCCAACCUGCUGUCAGACCACCUGCUGCAGGACCACCUGCUGCCAGCCUUGCUGCCGCCCUUGCUGUGUGAGCAGCUGCUGCCAGCCUUGCUGUCGCCCUUGCUGUCCUUGCUGCCAGCCUUGCUGCCGCCCUUGCUGUGUGAGCAGCUGCUGCCAGCCUUGCUGCUGUAGCACUCCUUGCUGCUAGCCCAGCAGGUGCAGGUCCAGCUGCUGUAGGUCCAGCUUUUGCCAGCCAGUGUCCUGUUGUCCUGUGUACAUCCACAGAACCUGCUACUGCCCCACCUGCUGCUGUGUGCCUGGGUGCAUAAACUAUGGCUGUGGAUCUGGCCGUGGCCAGUCCUGCUGCUGCUGCUGCUGA